CACAAACAUGAGGGUCACAUUCCCUCUCAUGGCCAUAGGCCUGGAGGUUGCCAUGAUUGUUUUAUUUUGGCUUUUUGUUCAGUAUGAGGCAGAUCAGACUAUUUCACAGCAACUGAACACCACCAGGCCAACAAAAAUGGACAGCUUCGUUCAGCUGUAUCCCCUAUUUCAAGACGUGCACGUGAUGAUAUUCGUCGGCUUUGGCUUCCUCAUGACCUUCCUGAAGAAGUACGGCUUCAGCAGUGUGGGCAUCAACCUGCUCAUUGCUGCGCUGGGCCUCCAGUGGGGCACCCUUGUACUGGGGCUGCUUCACGCCCGCGGAGAGAAGUUUCACAUCGGAAUCAAAGAAAUGAUCAGCGCAGACUUUAGCACAGCCACGGUCCUAAUUUCUUUCGGCGCUGUCUUGGGAAAAACAAGCCCCAUCCAAAUGCUGAUCAUGACAAUCCUAGAAAUCGCUGUUUUCGCUGCCAAUGAGUUUCUGGUUGCUGAGAUAUUUGUGGCCUCGGAUACUGGGGCGUCAAUGACGAUCCAUGCCUUUGGGGCCUACUUUGGCUUGGCUGUGGCAGGCGUCUUAUAUCGAUCUGGCCUGAGGGAGGGGCAUCACAACGAAGAGUCUGUGUACCACUCGGACAUAUUUGCAAUGAUCGGGACUCUUUUUCUAUGGAUAUUUUGGCCCAGCUUCAACUCAGCCAUUGCUGAACCUGGAGACCACCAGUAUAGAGCCAUUGUCAACACGUACUUCUCACUGGCUGCCUGUGUGCUCACGGCCUAUGCGGUAUCCAGCCUUGUCACGUAUCGGGGCAAGCUCGAGAUGGUUCACAUCCAGAACGCGACCCUCGCGGGAGGAGUUGCUGUGGGCACCUGCGCGGACAUGGACAUCCAACCGUACAUUGCUAUGAUCAUUGGAAGCAUCGCAGGACUCGUCUCUGUGCUUGGCUACAAGUGCCUGACUCCGUUCUGUGCUACUACACUGAGGAUCCACGACACAUGCGGGGUACACAACCUACACGGCUUGCCCGGUGUGGUAGGAGGUCUUGCAAGCAUUGUGGCUAUAGCUGUGGGAGUGUCUAAUACGUCUACCAUAGCCAUGCAGGCAGCAGCACUGGGCUCGUCUAUCGGAACAGCACUUGUUGGAGGUCUGGUUACAGGCUUAAUCCUAAAGAUACCUUGCUGGAAACAGCCCUAUGACGAGGACUGCUAUGAUGAUUCUGUUUACUGGGAGGUCCCUGGGGGAAGAGAAGAUGACAACCACUUCAAGGACCAAAAGCAGCUCAGACUUCAAGUGUAACCACCAUCCUGUGUUCCAGUUU